AGGAGGAAGAGGAAGCUUCAAGAGGGCGGCGUUGCGAGGUGUCCCGUGGCUGUCAUCUGCCUGUGAAUCGCCUUGUAUCUCCCCAUCCGCCGCUUCCACCUCGCCCUCCACGCCAUUAAUAAAUCCCCGCCGCCUUAAAUAUCCAUAAUGGCGACCAAGGCUGCCUUCAGGACCGCCAAGGGCAUGAGUAAGAGUGAAUUUAAGGACAAGGAGAAGCCAGCUCAGAUCCGCUCCAGCAAUAUAGUGGCGGCCAAAGCUGUCGCCGAUGCCAUCAAAACAUCUUUGGGGCCACGGGGGAUGGACAAGAUGAUCCAGGAUGGCAAAGGGGAGGUCACCAUCACAAAUGACGGGGCAACCAUCCUGAAGCAGAUGAAGGUCCUGCACCCCGCCGCCAAGAUGCUGGUCGAGCUCUCCCAGGCCCAGGACGCUGAGGCUGGGGACGGCACCACCAGCGUUGUUAUCCUGGCUGGCGCCAUGCUGGAAACCUCCCAGAAGCUGCUGACCAAAGGCUUCCACCCGGCCGCGAUCUCAGACUCGCUGCUCCACUUCUCCGCUAAGGCCGUGGAGGUGCUGGAGUCCAUGGCCAUCCCUGUGGAUCUCACCGACAACGCCUCCCUGCUGAAGAGCGCAAACACUGCCCUCAACUCAAAGGUGGUUCAUGAGCACUCCGGCAUGCUGGCCCCCAUGGCAGUUGACGCUGUCCUGAAGAUCAUCGACCCCAACAAGGACACCAACGUGGACCUCAAGGACAUCCACAUCAUCAAGAAGCUCGGCGAGACGGUGGAGGACUCCCAGCUUGUGGACGGCAUCGUGUUCACCCAGAAGUCUCAGGGUGUUGGUGGCCCCAGCAAGAUGGAGAAGGCAAAGAUUGGUCUCAUACAGUUCUGUAUCUCCCCACCAAAGACUGAUAUGGACAACACUGUGCUGAUCCGAGACUACGCUGCCAUGGACCGAGUGCUGCGCGAGGAACGGCAGUACAUCCUCAACAUCACCAAGAAGAUCAAGGCCGCCGGAUGCAAUGUUCUCCUCAUCCAGAAGUCCAUCCUCAGAGAUGCCGUCAGUGACUUGGGCCUGCAUCUCUUAGCCAAGCAGAAGAUCAUGGUCGUGAAGGACAUUGAACGUGAGGACAUCGAGUUUGUGUGCAAGACCCUCGGCUGCCGGCCCGUCGCAUCGCUUGACCACUUCACACCCGAGGCUCUGGGCACGGCGGAACUGUCGGAGGAGAUCCAGGCCGGCUCGAGCAAGUUUGUUAAAAUCACCGGAGUCCAGAACCCAGGCCGAACCGUCUCCAUCCUUCUCCGGGGCAGUAAUAGGCAGGUGCUGGAGGAAGCCGACCGCUCGCUGCAUGACGCUCUCUGUGUCAUCCGCUGUCUUGUGAAGAAGCGUUUCCUCAUCCCCGGUGGCGGCGCUCCGGAGGCUGAGCUCUCCGUCAAGCUCACACAAUUUGCACACACCUUGAAGGGCAUGGACGCUUACUGCUUCAGAGCCUUCGCCGAGUCGCUUGAGGUCAUCCCGGCCAUCCUGUCCGAGAACGCUGGUUUGAGCCCAAUCUCCACAGUGACUGAGCUGAGGAACAGACAUGCUCGAGGGGAGACACACGCUGGGAUCAACGUUCGCAAGGGAAGCAUCAGCAACAUCAUCGACGAGAACGUGCUGCAGCCUCUCCUUGUCUCUACCUCCGCCAUCACACUUGCGGCUGAGUGCGUUCGUUCCAUCCUCAAGAUCGACGACAUCGUCAAUGUCAUCCGCUAGUCUUGUUCUACGCACCAAACAAUACCCAGGAACAAGUUUUUAUCUCUGGUUCACUAAUGCUCGUCUUAAUCUCAACACAAGUGCUUUUUCAUGUGCAUAACUCACAAAUGAAAUAAAAAUAGUAAUAACCA